AUGAUGCAGCCUCCACCACAGGAGGCUUCUGCAACACCGUCUUGGCACUACGAGCAACAGAUGCGUCUGGAGCAACUGCUGUCCCAGCUCAUGCAGCAGGGUGAAGGCGGUGCAAAUGCCAGCUUUCCAGCAGGGCAUCAUCCGCACCAGCCACAUCAGCAGCAUCCACAGCACCAGCCGCAUCAGCCACAUCAGUCUCAUCAGCCUGUGCCUGGCGAUCGCAG